UGCAACCCCGAUCCACGUACGUACAGUCCACAGUCCACACACUGCCGAUCUCAGUAGCGAGGGGCGUACAACGAUCGACACCGACACCGGUGGCCGUAAUCGAGCCAUCACGGCCGGACGCAUGCAAAUCCAGAUACCAGGCCAGCACCGAUCCGAGUGUACAAUGCCAGCUCCAAUCAUAUCGAGCACCCAUCGCUCUUCAAUUUUGAUGGUACACGCCCGUGUCCUGCAUCCCACCCGACCGAUGAUGAUGGAGCUACCAGCACCGUCGCCGACGACAUCCUUCCUCGCCGUCGUGCUCGCCGCCGCUCUCUUCCUCGCGUCCAUCCUCCGCCUCCGCGGGCGCGCCGCGCGCAAGUACAACCUCCCGCCGGGCCCCCGGCCGUGGCCGGUGAUCGGCAACCUGGACCUGCUCGGCCCGCUCCCGCACCACUCCGCCCGCGACCUCUCCGCGCGGCACGGCUCGCUCAUGUCGCUCCGGCUCGGCUCCUUCCCCGCCGUCGUCGCCUCGUCGCCCGACAUGGCCAGGUUCUUCCUCAAGACCCGCGACCUGGCGUUCGUGGACCGCCCCCGGACGGCCGCCGGCAAGUACAUCUCCUACAACUACUCCGGCCUCUUCUCCUCGCCCUACGGCGCGUACUGGCGUCAGGGGCGGAAGCUCUGGCAGGCCGAGCUCUUCAACGCGAGGCGGCUCGCGUCGCUCGAGCACGUCCGCGGCGAGGAGGUGCGCUCCAUGCUCAGCGACCUGCGCGCCGCUGCUGCGGCGGCGGCGGCGGCGGUGGCGCUCAGGGAGCACCUAUUCAUGGUGAACCUCAACGUCAUCUCGCGCAUGGUGCUGGGCAGGAAGUACAUCGUCGAUGGGGCUGGCUCGCCGUUCACGCCUGAGGAGUUCAGGUGGAUGAUCGACGAGAUAUUCUUUCUCCACGGCGUGCUCAACGUCGGGGACGUGAUCCCGUGGCUCGGCUGGCUGGACCCGCAGGGGUACGUCAAGAGGAUGAAGAGGUUGGCCAAGAUGGUUGAUCGGUUCCUGGAGCACGUGCUGGACGAGCACAACGAGCGGCGGCGGCGCGAGGGCGAGGGGUUCCUUGCCAGGGACAUGGUGGACGUGCUUCUCGAGCUCGCCGACGACCCCAACCUCGAGGUCCCCAUCCACCGGGACUGUGUCAAGGGGUUCAUUCUAGACCUCAUCGGCGGCGGCACGGAUACCUCGGCGGUGACCGUCGAGUGGGCCAUGUCGGAGCUCCUGAUGAACCCCGACGUCCUUGCCAAGGCCACCGAGGAGCUGGACCGUGUCAUCGGCCGCGGCCGCCUCGUGGAGGAGGAAGACAUGCCGAACCUCCCCUACGUGGAGGCCGUCGUGAAGGAGACCAUGCGCCUGCACCCUGUGGCACCGCUCCUGACGCCGCGGCUGUCCCGGGAGGACGUGUCCGUGGGCGGCUACGACAUCCCGGCAGGCACGCGCAUCCUCAUCAACAUCUGGGCCAUCGGCCGCGACCCGGCCGUGUGGGAGGCUCCCAUGGAGUUUCGGCCGGAGCGGUUUAUCGGCCGCGGCGGCGGCGUGGACGUGAAAGGGCAGGACUUCGAGCUGCUGCCGUUCGGGUCCGGCCGCCGGAUGUGCCCCGGCAUCGGCCUCGGGCUCAAGAUGGUGCACAUGAUCCUGGCGAACCUGCUGCACGCCUUCGCGUGGAGGCUCCCCGACGGUGUGGCGGCGGAGGAGCUGAGCAUGGAGGAGACGUUCGGGCUGACCGUGCCCCGGAGGGUUCCACUUGAGGCCGUCGCCGAGCCGAAGUGCCCUGAGGCAUGCAGAUUUGGCUCACCUCUAUGCUGUGCCCUGAGGCAUGCAGAUUUGGCCUCCACAUGCGUAUAAGACAUGCAUUGCAUAUGCCCUUGUGCUGAUAAAACUUCGUCAAGACUCAAGACACCUCUAUUGGCUCUAUAGUACUAGUACUACUACUACUCUAUUGUUGUUUUAUGUGCUGUAGUGGAUUACGUGUAGUUUCACUAAAUUUAUGCAUCCUAUGUAUUUUUAAGCCAAGCUAUUGAUAAGGUUAUAGAAAACAUCUGGUUUGCAUCCUCAAA